AUGGGAUCGAGUAAGAGUAAGCUGGAGGACAGCCUGCAGGAGAACAAAAGAAUAGUGAACAGAACAAUUAGGAGCCUGGAAAGACAGAAGUUAGCGUCCGAGAGAGAAGAGGAGAAGCUGGUAGAGAAACUGAGGGUGGAGGCGAGAGCAGGAAGGAUGAACAACGUGAAGCUGAUGGCGAGGGAUGUGCUCAGAAACCGGAAGAUGGGAGACCACUACUGCAACAUGAGGUCGCAAAUGAUGGCAGUACAGUCGCAGCUGCAAACAGCGUAUAACACCAACAAGAUAUCUAACAGCCUGAAAAGCGUUAGCGACCUCAUGACGCAGGUCAACUGCGACACCAAGGUGGCAGAAUUCCAGAAAAUCAUGAACAACAUAUCCCAACAAGCCGAAAUGUUGAACCUGAAGCUGGAAAUAAUGGAAGAUACGAUGGAAACGUCGUUAAUAGACGGUGACAAUGCGCAAGAGGAGAAGGCUGUUAAUCAACUGCUACAAGAGCUCGGAAUCGAAGUGGAUGUGGGUGAUAAAACAGAAAAAACAAAACAGAAUGAAGUUAUGAGAGCUUUAGAUGGAAAUACGAAGGAUUCCGGAGGAAUAAAAGAGACAGAACUGAAAAAUGAAAUGCUACGAAUAGAAGAAAGGAUAAGUAAUUUAAAAAAAUAA